CAGCUGAUAAAAACUCUGAGUCGCCUUCUCUCCAAAGCCUCUUUCAGAUUCCAAGCCAGCAGACAAGCACACCUAUAGCAGGAGCAUGAUGAGCCAAAGCCUCCGGCUUGUGUCACGUUAUGGCCCCUAUAGGGGCCUUCUCAGAACCUCCAGCCUCAGGCCCCAGAGUGUCCUGCACAGACACAUUCCCAAGCUAGUUCUCGGAACAAGCUUCAGCUCAUCCACAGACAGCUUGGUUUCCAGGUUCUGUCCAAAGAAUACAAACCUGAAGAAUUAUGCCCUUCCCAAUGCCAGUUGGAGCCCUGACAUGAUGCGCUUGUACAAGGAGUUUCUAGAAAAGACGAAAGAUGGGGAGUGGGUCAGACUUCCUUCCUUCAAGAGUAAUAGUGACCACAUCAGAGGGCUGAAGUUCCCUGGCGAAUUUACAACCACAUCAGACAAAAAAGACUACCGCAUUUUUACCAGGUGCAUCGAAAAGGAAGGACAAGGCUAUGAGUAUGUCAUUUUUUUCCACCCAUCCAAGAAGAAGUCAGUCUGUCUGUUCCAGCCAGGCCCCUACCUCGAAGGUGCUCCCAGAUACACCCAUGGCGGAGCUUUGGCUGCCUUGGUGGAUGAGACAUUUUCUAAAACUGCCUACUUGUCAGGUCAUGGUUUGUUCACUCUAAGCCUCAACAUCAAAUAUAAAAACAUAAUUCCUGUGGGCUCCUUGGCCCUGCUGAACGUGGAAGUAGAAAAGAUAGAGGACCAGAAGAUUUUCCUGUCCUGCAUUGCCCAGAGCCCUGACCAGCAGGUGCUCUUUGCCAAGGCUUCAGGAGUUUUCCUUCAGCUGGAAUUAGAAGAUGAAGAAUAACAGUAGCCAGUCCUAAGGUGUCCCUACGUGCUGCCUGCCCACUACUCAACUGAGGACACUGAUCUGCCUUGCAAGGAGGGGUGGGGGAGGGGGAGAGAGAGAGAGGGAGAGAGAGAGAGAGAGAGAGAGAGAGAGAGAGAGAAUAAAUUCCCACAGCUCCAUCAAUUAUAUAAUUAUAGAAGCAUUACUCCCACAGGCCUCUCUAUAUCUUGGAAUCAGAACUAUUGAUCAGAGCCCCUGGCCUGCUCAGUCCUCCAUACCUUUUAAGCAGGAUGACAGUCCCACACUGAAGUCUAGUUAUUUCAAGUUGGGGUUCUCUUCACACACACAUGCACGCACCCCUCUUCCUGCUUCUUCCCCUAAUUCCUCCUGGUUUUGUGACCCUGUCAAGGGUGACUAGGCCAAGACAGUGCUGCUCGGUCUGUCACUACACCCAGAGGAGCUGACCUUUCCAGUAAGCAAAUAAUCUGCAUUCCAUGUCCCCUAGAAUCCCUCUGGCAUAACCAGAUGGUGCCUAUAUGGCCAUACCCAACUAACUCCUAUGUAAUGCAGUGAACUUUCGACUAAACAAGUAUGGAUUGUAUAAGCUGUUUGAUCCCUAUUCAGCUUUCAGUUCUGGGUUGCUGGUGUACAUUCACAGGAAUUUUAGAGGCUCUCAGGUCUGGUCCAGUCAGCUAAUCAAUGAGCAUUUAUUACCAUAUAUCAGGCAAUGCGUCAAGCUCUGGCAACUACAAAGGCAAAUACACAGUCCCUGCCCUCAAGGAGCUCACAUUUUAAUGAGGGAGACGACUUGCAAACAUACAAGUUACAUAAAAUGACAGAAAAGAGCUCUUGCACAAGGUGGGAAUUUUGCUGAUCCUUGCAUUUUGCAGAUUGAGAAACUGACAUCUAAGACACAGCUAGUUGCAGAGCCUGGAUCAAAAGCUGGGUUUCUUGACUGCUCAAUCCAGUCCUCCCCCAUUCCACUACCUGAUGCUUUCUCCCUCAGAAAACGCAAACUCACUACUACAUCAAGCUGGGCAAAGGUUAACAAUGGACAAGCCAUGAGUCUCAGUGCACCUGUCACAAGCAAGGGUCACUAGUAAUAAACCAAACAAAUAAACAUACUUAUUCAACCAUCGAAA